GCAGAGCAGAUUGUAAUGCAAGGCCGAGUUGAUUGACAAUUGAAAUUCGAGUUGGAUGAAAAGUCGGAAACUCGCUUGAGCUACUACAAUAUCUGGAAUUUUAAUCAUGAACUCUGUAGUACGCACUGCUACUUCUUUGGCUUCAGAAGCUGGCAGAUUCUCUCAGAUGCUCACUACUCAGAUUGUAGAAAAGACCAAAGAGGUCGGCAUUCCUGCUCAUCUGUACGAAACUGCCGAGGAAAAAACUGCUGAUAUUCUGCCUGGUCUUAAUUCAAAGUUUGACAAGGAAAAGCUCGAUGCUAUGAAGCGACUGGUAGCUCUCAUGUCUAAAGGAAACAACGUAUCCGAGUUUUUUCCACAUGUCAUCAAAAACGUUGCAUCUCAGUCAUUCGAUGUCCGCAAGCUCGUCUAUAUCUACUUGCUUCGUUAUGCUGAGCAAGAACCGGAUCUGGCGCUCUUGUCCAUCAAUACAUUCCAAAAGGACAUGACGGAUAAAAACCCAUUGAUUAGAGCUAUGGCUUUGCGUGUCAUGUCUAGCAUUCGUGUACCAGUCAUUGCUCCAAUUAUUACAUUGGCUUUGCGCAAGGGUGUGUCAGAUCUGUCGCCGUAUGUUCGAAAGGCGGCUGCAAAUGCCAUUCCAAAGUGUUUUAGUUUGGAUCCAAUGCAAAAGGACUGUUUGAUUGAACUACUAGUACUUUUAUUAAAUGAUAAAUCUACUGUCGUUCUUGGGACUGCUGUAUCAUCUCUUAACCGAAUCUGUCCAGAUCGAUAUGAUCUUAUUCACAAACACUAUCAUAAACUAUGUCGACUUAUGAUAGAUUGUGAUGAGUGGGGCCAAAUUGAGAUCAUGACCAUGAUUAUGCGAUACGUUCGCGUAAAUUUCUUGCCUCCAGUCACUGAAGCAUCCACUGCUUUAUCCGAGUCACCUGCUUUUAAAUCCUCAUAUAGAGACAACGAUCAUGCUCAAUUCAUCAGCUCAAUCAAACCGCUUCUUCACUCGCGCAAUAUAUCUGUUGUUCUAACAGUCAUCACGGCAAUCUCCACCACUGGAUCCAUGGCUGAUCUCAACAAGGCCGUUCCAUUUUUGAUUCGACUGGUUAGGUAUUCUAGAGAAAAUCAGUAUGCAGUGUUGCUGGUUAUUUUGUCGAUAUGCAAGACUAUUCCUGGUGCGUUUUCAGAAUUCUGCCACUGUUUUGCUGUGUUUCAUGGUGAUAUUCCGGUUAUACGUGACUUGAAACUUGAAAUUAUGGAAUGCAUUGUAUGCAAAGAAAACAUGGAGUUUGUGCUGGGCGAAUUCAAAGCGUAUGUGACCAAUGCCGAUGAGAAACUAUGUAUACGAACGAUCCAGGUUUGGGGACGGCUUGCUAGUCGACUUCCAUUUGUAAUUGAUCAGAGUCUUAAAACCCUAGUUGCUCUAGUAUCUGAGCCCAAUGCUGCGAUUGUGGGCGAAGUUAUUAUUGUUUUGCGUCGAUUACUACAAGCUAGGUCUGAUCUUGACGCACACAACGCAGCGGAAACAUCUCUUUUAUUGACAGUUGAUACAAAACAAAGUGGGGAUAAAUCUACUACCACGACAAAAGUAAUUCGACAGCUUUUCCAAUCAUAUGAUUCCAUAACCGUUUCAAUGGCCAAGGCAUCUGUAUUAUGGCUCAUUGGCCACUACGUCACUUCCCUUCCAUUGAUUGCUCCAGAUGCUUUACGAGUGGCUGUAAAAUCGUUUGUAACGGAGGGAGAGGUAGUAAAACUGCAGACACUGAAUCUAGCAGCUAGUGUUGCAGUGAAUCUCGAAACUUGCAAAAUACAUAUGGAAAUGGGGAAAGCUGUUGACACAUCUAUGCAGGUUUCAUGCGAUUCACGUGUGCUGAAUGUGGUUCGUCUAUGUUUUGAGUACGUGCUAGAGCUUGCACGGUAUGAUUUGAAUUUUGAUGUGAGGGAUCGAGCGAGAUUCUUGGCUGCUUUGGUUCAUCGACCACUUUAUCUGUAUGAUGACAAGGACCAUGAAAAGGAUGAUUUGGAAACUCGGUAUGCAACAUUAUGCAGACUUGUGCAGAUUUUAGCUGGAUCUCAAGGUGUAUCCAAGCCCGCCGAUCCUUUUGAUGCUUUGGCUGCAUUUCGAACUGGCACAUUGUCACACGCUGUUGGAACACGGGUGGAUGGAUAUACAGAUUUACCACCUUGGACAACAGUACCCUCGAAUGCGUCCCUUCGCGUUGUAGUAGAAACAAAUGAAGAAUGGCAUAGAGAUCGAGUUGUGACCAGCACAGUUAAACACAUACGUACAACUCAGUCCAAAAAAAUAAAGCGAGUGGUCGCUCUGGAUGAUUUUCUAGCCUCGGACAAUCCACUCGAGGUGGAUAUUUUAUCAGGAAUUAGUGGGCGAGGCAGCCUUUCUGGAAGUGCAAGGGAAGGCAGUAGUGCUACGAAUUCUAGAUGCGGCGACGAUGCUACGGUGGCAGAUCAGAUACCAAAAGGUCCACCUGCUAAUCUAGAGAUUCUGAAUGCAGUUUCUGCACUACAAGCCUUGGAUGAUGUUUCAUCAGAUGAGGAGAGUGCAACAUCGGAAGAAACCGAGUCUGAUAGUGAUUCAAACGAGUCGAAUGAAUCGAAUGAAUCGAAUGAAUCGAAUGAAUCGGACGAGUCUAAUCACAUCACCAUGCAUACUACAUCAAGCAAUAUUCCUGCUGAACCGAAAUCUUGAUUGAAUAGAAUGAAUGUUGUUAUCUGUAUAAAUGAACUAUGAUGCUUACUU